AUGAAGGCCUUUCUUGAUGGAGAAGAUGUAUGUGACGUGGUGGAAAAAGGCGUUGAAGGAAUUGAUGCAACUACCCAAAAGAAAAAGCAUGACGCCAAGUGCUACAACUGCCAAAGAAGCUUGGGAGAUCCUCAAAAUUCCUUCAAAGGAGCAGACAAAGUAAAGCGAGUUCGUCUCCAACUUCGAGGUGAGUUUGAAGCUUUACAAAUGAACACUACCAAAUCAAUUUUGGACUAUUUUUCAAGAGUUUUGGCAGUUAUAAAUCAAAUGAAAGCAAAUGGUGAAAAUUUGAAUGAUAUCCGGGUGGUCGAAAAAAUCCUCCGAUCAUUGGAUUCAAAAUUUGACUAUGUUGUUGCGGCCAUUGAGGAAUCAAAAAAUCAUGAUUCCAUGGCUAUUGAUGAACUCAUGGGAUCAUUAGAAACCCAUGAGUUGAAGAUCAAUAGAAAGAAGAAAGAGCCAUUGGAGCAAGUUCUUCAAACAAGGCUCAAUCUAAAUGAAAGAUGUGAAGUGAAUCAAAAUGGUCGUGAAUGUGGCCGUAGACGUAGUCGUGGUCGUGGCCGAGAAGAAGGACAAGGGAGAGGAGGACAGUAUGGCAAUGAAGAAAGAAGUCAAAAUUUCCAACCAAAUAGAGGUCGUGGGAGAGGAAAUUAUGGCAACGGAAGGCAAAGGUAUGACAAAUCUCAAGUUAAAUUUUAUAAUUGUCAAAAGUUUGGUCAUUUUUCUUGGGAAUGGGAAAAUGAUACUAACCAUGUGGAAGAGAAAGCUAACCUUGUUAGCAAAGGGGAAGAAAUAGAAUCUACGGUAUUAUUGGCAUAUAAAUGCAAUGAAGACGAAGACAAGAAUACAUGGUAUCUUGACACGGGAGCGAGCAACCAUAUGUGA